CCGGCGCUGCUGACGUGUCUGCUCCCUCCCCGCCGCCGGCGCCCGCCAACAUGGCCGCAGCCCCGCCGCCGGACCCCCGGCUGCUCUUCGCCCUCCUGCUGCUCCUGCCCCCGCCGCCCUCCCUCCUCUGCGCCGCCGCCGCCGGGACCGACCUGGGCCGCCGCUUCGCCGAGCGCAAGCGCUGCGCCGACCCCGAGUGCAGCAUGUUAAUGUGCCGAGGGAAGGCAAUGCAGGAUUUUAAAGGUCCAGAUUGUCGCUUUGUAAAUUUUAAGAAGGGAGAAGCGGUGUAUGUAUAUUACAAACUAAUAGGAAAAUCAACCGAGCUUUGGGCUGGAAGUGUCGGAAGCGAUUUUGGAUAUUUUCCAAAGGAUUUACUUGAAAUAAAUCAUAAUUAUUCCAAUGAGGAGCUAGAAUUACCAACAGAUGAAACAGACUUUGUUUGCUUUGAUGGCGGAAGGGAUGAUUUUGAUAAUUAUAAUGUGGAUGAGCUUUUGAAGUCAUUGCAAGAGACGAUAGCAAAUGAAGAGGAAACUGAAUCAAGUGAUCCAGGGACAAAACCAGCUGAAGGAAUUGGAAGAGAUGAGGAGAUUGAACAGGUUGAUACAGUAAAGUCUCUUGAUGCUUUGGAGACAGACAAUCUUGAGCUAAGCACAGAAGAAGACAAGGAAGCCUUUGCCAUGGCAGAGGAAGUAGACAGUUCUUUUACAGAAGGAGCUGAAAAUACUGGGGGAGACUCCAGUGUCAAUAGUGACGAAGAAAACUCUCAGGGAGAUCAAAUUGCACAUGAGCACUUGAAAGGAAUGCUACAUGGGAAACUAAAAGGGCUAGAAAGUGAAAAUACCAAAAACACUAGUAUUCCUCAGGGUGAAACCAGUCAACUUGACAAAGAGAAUGAAGAAGACAAUGCCUAUACACUUCUAAACAGAGAGCUCUCUGUGAACUUGAAAACAAAAGUUGGCUCAACUGCUGAUGCUGUUGUAUCAGAUGAUGAAGUGACUCGCCUUGUUACAUCACUGGAAGAUGAUUUUAAUGAAGAUUUGAGCAUUAAUUCUUAUGAUGCAGAGGAGGAGCCAGACUUUGCAGAUCAGUCUGAGGAAAUCCCUUUGCUGUCUUUUAUGGCAGAGGAAGAAAUUACGUCCCCAAUGGAUUUAGAUGAUGAUGAACAUGAUGGCAUUGAGUCACAAAAUCAUAAACCUGAUGAAGAUGCAAAGGGUGCUACAGAGCUAAAUAACCAAAGAGACAAUGAGGAAGAACCUGAUUCAGAUGCAUUAAUUCUUAAAGAUGCCUUCAGUAAGAGCAAGAAGUUGGGUGACAGUAUAAGUGUGGACAGGUACAAAUCUAAACAAACAAAAGAGAAACAAGAUGAAGUGAUGCUAAUUAGUAAAAGAGAAGCACCAGCAACAACUCAACCUGAGGAUCUCUCCAAAGAACUCCUUAGAAAGGAACCUGUGGGUACAGGUGAUCUGGGUUCAAAAGAAAAAACAAGCAAAACUGAACAGUUUGAAGAGCAGCUGAUGGUUGAUAGAACUAGGUCACGUACCGAAGAGCUGAAGAGUACAGCUGUGCCUGAUCCUCAUGUUUUACCUAGUCCAGGAGAUGAUCUGGAGUCCAAAUCAUUUGUUAAAAGCAAGCAAGAUGCUUUAAAACCAUCUGUUGGUGAUAUCCACAAAAGUCCAGAAAGAGUGCCACUUGCUCAAAUAGAGAAAGAUGAGAAAAAGUUUGAGGAUGACACCUUGGAAGAGGUCUUGGAAAGUGAUUUAAAGCACAAAAAGUUAUGGGAGAAAACAAAGGAGAAAGGAAGAGCUGAGAACAAGCCUUCUGUUGAUGUUCCAGCCAAACUAGUGGAAGAGGUAAAAAAAGCAUCUCAAGGUGACUUAGAAGAUACUGACCUCUUGAAAGAGAAACUGGAGCAUGGAAUGCCUGCUGUGGAGAAUGAACUUCUAAGUCAUGAAGAAGAUUUGAAACAAACAGGGGAGACCGAUCAUGAAAAUCAAAAAAACACCUCUCUUAACAAAGAACCUGAAAUAAAAAGGAGAUACAUGAAAGAAACCCCUGCAGGGGAAGGAGACCCAAGCCAUAGAAGAGCUGUCGAGCAACCUAUGCCAUGGGAAAAUGAGACUGAGUAUUCGGAGGCAGAUAUGAAAGAAGAGCUUUCAAGAAAUCUUGGCAAGAUGACAGUAUUUGAAGAAAGCAUUGAGAAAAGUUCCCCUGAAGAAAAAUCAAAAAGCACUACACAGAAUACUAAUACAGAGAAUCUUACUCAGCAAGGAACUGCUCGUACUGAGGAUACAGAUUCAGACAGAAAUCUUGGCACAAAUUUAGCUGAAGAGAGAACACUAAGACCAGAAUUGCAAUCUGAAGAGCCAGAUGCUGAAGACGACCCUGACCUGAAACAAGUAGAGGAAGAGCUACUGGAAGAUGAGAAUGCUGCCAGUGCAAAGCUGUCAAAAGCAAGGGCUGUAAAUGUACAGGGUGGUACACUAAAUGCCAAAAGUACAAACCCUGAAUUAGAAGUACUAAGUGAAGCUGUUUUGGGAACCGCAAAUCCUACUUACGAAACAGGAGAGGAAACAAACUCAUUUUCUAAGGAGGCUAGAAAAGCAAUUGGCAUGCAAGAUGCAAGCGAGACUGGGAACAAAGAGGUUGACAUACCGGUGAGUGAAGAUGUUAAAUUGGAUGAGAUGGAACAUAUCGUGGAAGAUGAUGAGGAGUCUUCUGAAGCCGAGGAACCAUCAGCUGUGGAAGAACAUAGUUUCCAAUCUCCUGACACGGAAGACAACAAUGACUUUUACCAAAGGAUAGAUCAUCUCCUAGAGGGCAUUUCACAGAGAGACUCAAAAGAGGUGCAAAACUUAGAGCACACAAUAAAUGACCACCAGCAAUCUGUGCGUUUCCCCAGCCCUGCUGACAGCUCAGCAGCCACAAAUGAUACUGUAACAGACUUCAGUGAGUCUGUGAAGCGGCUCACAAUAAUGAGAGAUUUUCUUGAUGAAAAGCGUGUAAUACGUCUACAAAAGUACCUUGGGCUUCAACACGUGGUUAGGAUAGAAGCCAUGUUUCACGACAUGAAGGUAGAGAUGGAGCUUGCUCGGAAGGCAAGCCUUAACAAUGAAGAUAUAGAAAAAGCUUUGGACCAGAUACUUGAAUUUUCAGAAUCGAGCAUUAUGGAUGUUGUAGGAAAAGUUCUGGAUUCCAGAGUGGCAGAAAAUAAAGAGGAGGUGGUGAAAGAGAUGGAUUUAUAUGAUGAGGAGAGUGCACUGAUGGAUGAUAUUCAAGAAUUAAUAUAUUCUUUAAGGAGUAAAUAUUCAUCUGCUAGUGAGAGUGUCCCACUUGCAUCUAUUCCAGAGCAUGAAGAUGAUCAGCCGCAUGUUCAAGAUGGUGCAAAAGAGGCUGAAUAUGACAGAGUUUCCAUCAGAAACCCAAAUGCCAUCGAUGAAAGAAAUCAGGAAUUUCAGCCACUUGAAGAUAAGAGGCCAGAACAGCCUACUGAGGAGGAGGAGGAGAGGGUUGUUGAUGUUCCACCUGAGCAUGAAGAGGCCAACUUCUUGGAUAAUAGAGAAGCCGAAGAAGGGUAUGAUAGUGAAAGAGGAUCGCUGCUGGAAGAUACUUCCUUUGGGUCAAUUGAUUCAGGACAGAGUGCAAGGGAAGAUAUUGCUGCAGACCCCGACGAGGACGCCGGGCGGCCCGCAGGACGCGGGGCAGAGGCGGGCGCCGCCUCACGGGGAGCCCUCGGCGAAGCUGCGGCCGCGGCCCGGCUGCUCCUGCGGCAGCUGGUUGCUACCCUGCCUGAGGAAAUUCGUCCUGGGCCUGAUUUCCAUGGACUUCCAUGGGAGCCUAUUAUUAUCACUGCAUUAGUGGGAAUUGCCACGCUUGCUAUAAUUUUCUGGAGAACCUGCCUUUCAGUAAAGAGUAGAAUUUAUCAAGUGACUGAAAAGCAACUUGCUGAAAAGAUUAAAAACCUUCUGCAAGAAAAAACAGAAAUCUUAGAAAAGAUGUCAGAAUAUGAUCAAAAGAUAAAAGAAGCAAAAGAAUCUGUGAAAGUGGCCCAAGAACAGAAAGACGUUCUCUCCGAUGAAACUGCAGGGCUUAAGGACACUGUCAAAGGACUGGAAGAAGCAAAUCGUCAGCUAGAUGACAAAGUAAAAAAUCUGCACACAAUGCUUGAAACAGAGAGAAAAAAGAAUGAGAAGAAACAGAACAAGAUCUCUGAAACCCAGAAGUCCUUGGAGAAACUUCAAGAGGCUAUCAGUGUGCAUUCUGUAGAGCUUUCAGAGGUGCAGAUAGCCCUUAAUGAAGCUAAACUAAGUGAAGAAAAGGUGAAAUCUGAGCUUAAUCAUGUGCAGGAAGAGAAUGCUAGGCUGAAAAAGAGCAAGGAGCAACUGCUAAAAGAAGCUGAAGGUUGGAGUGAGAGGCAUACUGAGCUCAGUGAGCAGAUCAAACUGUAUCAGAAAUCUCAGAAGGACAUAGAAGAAGCACUUGCCUACAAGGAAAAUGAAAUUGAAGUUUUAACUAACUGCAUUAUGCAGCUGAAGCAGCUCGAUAUGGAUUCAGCAUCUGAGGCCAAGAAGGACGGCGACGGGUGUGAAUGGAGCACAGGAGACGAUCUGGCCAAUGGAGAGCUGCCAGAUAAUGAGAGUGAGAAGAUGAAGACUCAGAUUAAGCAGAUGAUGGAUGUCUCCAGGGUAAAAACUAUGUUAUCCAUAGUUGAAGAAGACAGAAAUCUUUUGCAAUCCAAACUGAGUGAUGAAGUAUCAGCAAGACAUGAGCUGGAAGAGCAAAUAAAAAAAUUAGAACAUGAUUCCUGUUCGCUCCAGUCAGCCAAAGCUCGACUGGAAAAUGAAUGCAAAACACUACAGCAGAAAGUGGAGAUUCUUGGUGAACUUUACCAGCAGAAGGAGAUGGCGCUCCAGAAGAAACUAACCCAGGAAGAGUAUGAGCGUCAGGAGAAGGAGCAGAAAUUGUCUGCUGCAGAUGAAAAAGCUGUGCUGGCCAUUGAGGAAGUGAAAGUUUACAAGCAAAGGAUCCAAGAUAUGGAGGAAGAAUUGCAAAAAACAGAGAGAUCUUACAAAAACCAGAUUGCUGCUCAUGAGAAAAAGGCACAUGACAAUUGGCUUAUUGCCCGCUCUGCUGAGAGAGCUCUGGCUGAAGAAAAAAGAGAAGCAGCCAACCUGAGACAGAAAUUAAUAGAAGUAAACCAAAAAAUCGUCAUGCUUCAAAGACCGUUAAUUGUAAAGCCAACUCCAGGCAGACCUGAUCGCCAAGUCCCACCGCGACGAGGGCCCUUAAGCAGAGAUGGCUCUUUUGGCCCAUCACCUGUGAGUGGAGGAAAUCCAUCACCCACACAGAUGAUAGAAGUUCCUGCUCGGCCCCUUUCUGCUCCUCGAAGGGAAGGCUCCAGAGGUGAAUUUGGUACAGUGGUAGAUGGUCCCCCUGUUCCACGAAGGCCACCAGAGUUACCUGGAAGGAUAUCUGUUCCUGAUCUCGGGCCUGCUGUAGCGUCCCUGAUCAGUAGUGGGCCGAGAACCUCCUCCCCUUCCACAGCAAUGGAUGGAGUGCAACCCUCUCCCAAAGAGUCUGAAGCCCCCUGUGUAACUACUGAUUCACCUUCAUCUAUUGAACCAGCUACAGCUAAUGCUAGUCCCAAAGGCCCACCUUCUUUCCCUGGGACACCCAUCAUGACCUCCCCAGUGAUGGGACCUCCGCCUCCACCACCUGUUCGCUACGGACCGCCGCCAGCUCCUCUCCGUGGGCACUUUGGGCCUCGACCUCUUCCUGUGCCCCUAGUUCGUGGUGCUCCCUUGCCACCUCCUGCUGCAAGAGAUUUCUUACCUGGCCCACCCUUAGGAAUGAGAGAUCUGCCUCCUGGCCCACUACCGCCUCCUCCAGAUCCAAGAAGCUAUGGACGUGGGCACCCUCCUUUUCGACCCCUAGGUCCUCCUGGGCCACGAGAUUAUCCUCCAGGCCCACGGCUACCCCCGCCUGGUUCAAGAGACUAUACGCCUUCUCCUAACAGAGACUUGCCUCCAUCGGGACCUAGAGACUACCCUGCCGGCCCGCCACCACCGGCAGGCUCAAAGGACUACACACAGCCCCCUGCGCAGAAACCCUAACUGCAGGGUCUGGUCAGCAGCUCAGCGGAAUGGACUCUAGCGCACUUCCUGUGGUCAGGAUUUUAGGAAAUGGCUCUCUCUUUGAAGCCAGUUGUCUCAUUUCAGUAUAUUUCAGCUUUUGCGGGAUUAAUUUUUAUCCAAUUGCUACAGACAUCUUAUGUGCAUUUAUGAUCACCUUAAACUCAUCCAUCCUCUUGGGCGGCAAGAACCUUUUUGUGAUGGACUUGAACCUACUCUAAACGUGCAAUAGAAAGGAAGUACCUGUGUGGCUAGUUUUAAUUCAAUGUAGCCUCUGUAACCAGUUGGUGAAUGAACUAAUUUCGUGAAAAAUGUAAAUCAAAUCAUUUCCUGUGGAAAUAAUUUUUAAGUAAAAUGCUAUCCUACCUGCCUUCUCCAUCACAUCAUUAAGCUGCAGUUAUUGUAGGCCAGGGGUUUACAUGAGGACUGUAAGGUGUGUUUGUUUUGUUUUGUUUUUUUUUAAAAAAGCUGUCUGGUCAGAGAUCAGACACAAAUGACACUGUAUUCAAAGGAAAGUUAUAAUAAAAAGCAAAAUUUCUUUUGCUAAACCCUGAAA